AUGGAGAAGCAACGGUGGAGAGGUGAAUGGCGUUCAACCCUUAUAGUCAAAGUGUUGGGACGUACUUUCCCCUUCCCAAUCAUCGCAUGCCGCCUCCAAAGCACCUGGGGAAAAUGCGUCAUGAUGAAAAUCUCUAGCUUAACCUAUAGUUUCUAUGUCGUUAAGUUCACGAGUCAUUUUGAUUAUGAGAAAGCGGCUUCAGGACGGCCUUGGCGAGUAAGGGAUUAUUACCUUACGUUUAGGCCGUGGCGAAAGAACUUCAAUCCCAAACUUGCAGUAGUAUCCUCAACAAUGGUAUGUCCAAAACUACCUGGGAUUCCCCUCAAAUUCAACAACAGUGAUGUCGUGAAACGUAUUGUGUCAUAUAUCCGUAGGCCUAUCAAUGUUGAUGGGCAAAGCAGAACGGAUAUCGCGGGCAAUAUACCCGUAUUUGUGUGGAGGUUGAUCUAA